AUGGAACUUGCUUUGAGCUUAGGUGACACUCCAAAAUUACCUUUUUCUUUUCUUGACAAACCCACCAAAGAUCCACUACCACCUAGUUUCUUCUCCGAGGAAAAAACAAGUUCCUCAGAUCCACCUAUUCAACUAGACCUUCUUCCUUUCACUCCUGUUCUUAGAUCUCAUCACCAUUCUUCUCAUCUUCCCAUUCCUUGGCUCACACAACCAUGUGGACCGGUGAGGGAGCUAGAUGUAAACCGUUUUCCGGCCAUGACGGAGGAUCUUGACGACGGCGCGUCACUGUCAUCACCCAGCAGUUCGGUGUCUCCGUUUCCAAUGGAUUUCAAUAUGAGGAAUAAGAAUGCUGAAUACGGAGGAAGAAACAAGAGAGAAAACGAAGGUGAUGCUGAAAGAGCCAGUGAUGAUGAUGAAAACGGGUCAACUCGGAAGAAACUCAGGCUCUCUAAAGAUCAAUCGGCUUUUCUAGAAGAAAGCUUCAAAGAACACACAACCUUAAAUCCAAAGCAAAAACUUGCACUGGCUAAACAGUUGAAUCUCAGUCCUCGUCAAGUUGAAGUUUGGUUUCAAAACAGAAGAGCAAGGACAAAGUUGAAGCAAACGGAAGUAGAUUGUGAGUAUUUGAAGAGAUGUUGCGAGACAUUAACAGAAGAGAACAGAAGAUUACAAAAGGAACUUCAAGAGCUUAGAGCAUUGAAAACUACUCAACCAUUCUACAUGCAACUUCCAGCUACCACUCUCACUAUGUGUCCUUCUUGUGAACGUGUAGCUACAAACCCUUGCAAGAAUCAAACCAACAACAAGACAAGAGUGUUACCUUUCUCAAAUGCCCAAGCCCAACAACAGGCCCAGGCCCAAGUUCAAGCCCAUCAAAUUCCUUCAUGA